GCAGGCGCGAACGCUAGUCAAUGGAAAAAGUAGGAAAGGACGAUAGGAGAGGGUGGAGAACGGUCAGAUCAGUCGCAUCUGGCUGGCAUUGAAAAAAAUCGAGGAGGCGCUGGACAGGCCAAUGUAAACGUGGAGGCAUACGCCGUCCCAAUCGAGGUCACGAUGCCUGCCCCAAAGAAGCCAAGUUACAUAGACGUAGACGGGAUCCGGGUACCAGGGGGCUUCGAUCCUGACCGCGUACGAGAAGCACUGAGCUUCGAGCCGUUGCCCGGAGACAUCUUUCUGGUCACAUACCCCAAAUGCGGCACCCACUGGAUCCAGCAGAUCUCGCAGCUCAUACUCAACCGUGGCGCGUCGGCUAGCAACUACCUCGAGUUCCAGAUGAAGACGCCCUUCCUGGAAUUUACAGGCAACAGCGGCCUGGACGCCAUGUCGCCGCCACGGCUUCUCAAGACGCACUUGGCCUUCGACCGGCAACCGUACCACAAGGACGCCAAGUACGUGUACAUGGUGCGCAACCCCAAAGACUGCUGCGUCUCCUUCUACCACCACGCGCGGGGCAUACCCGGCUACGAGUUCGCGGACGGGUCGUUCGACGACUUCUUCGAAGUCUUCAUCAGGGGCGAGACGGACUUCGGCGACUACUUCGAUAACCUGCUGUCGUGGUACAAGCACAAGGACGACCCUAACGUGUUCUUUCUCACCUACGAGGACUUAAAGGAGGACACCAGGGGCGGCGUUCUUCGGCUAGCCCGCUUCCUCGGAGAGGAGUACGCGGAGGCGCUCGAGAAGGACCCGGACCUCCUCCAGCAGGUGCUGGACAAGAGCAGCCUGCAGUACAUGAAGGAGCACAUCGAAGUGUCCGACAGGGACUUGCAGAAGUUGUUGAACACCGCGAGCGGCGCCGCCCUGGGACCGGUGCGGAGAAUGUUCGUGCCCCGAGACGGCAGGGGUCCGACGAUGCAAUUUAUACGCAAGGGUCAGGUGGGCGACUGGAGGGGACACUUCACCCUCGAACAGGAGGCGAAGAUGCGGGCCAGGAUCGAGGAGAAGACCGCUGGCACAGAUGUGAUGAGUCUUUGGAAGGACUAUAACUAGUGUGUACAGUCGCGCCAGCCGUUUUCGGGCGUAAGACGCAAGAAUCAUCUACUUCUCAUAGACGUAGAUAAGGAUCAAUUUUUGUUUCUUGUUAUAACAAAGUACUACCUCGCAAGUGCCGGAAAAUUACUAUCAGAGUGCCGCAGGAGCUCGUCGCAACUGGUAUACUCGUAGAACUCGAGCGGCCAAGAAUUUAUAUACGAGUGGAGGAUCGCAAAGGCAGUGCUUCUAAAGGCCUGCCUUUGGGAUGGCAAACAGCGGCACACUCGAUUUUAAAUGAAAACGACUAAAGGAAGCCCUUUACAGCCAUCUACUCUGGGACCUCCUUCUGUAUAUUCAUUUGUGUAUUACCCUUAGUAACUCAAUAAAACGUGAUUCUGAUUCCGAAGACGAAA